AUGUCUCCUCUUUUUCUAUUCUGGUUAUUCACCUCUCUCUCUCUCUCUUUUUUCUUUUUUUCUUUAUUCUUCCUCCUCCUCACUUUUCUUUAUCAUUACUCUAUUCUUCUUUCUUUUUUUUCUUUAAUACUUAUUCAUCCAUCUCUCCUUUUCCUUGUUUUAUUUCCCUCCCUUCAUUUCUCUCUAUACUUGAUCUUCAUCCUUCUUUCUUUUUAUACUUGCUUUCUAUUCUUCUCCUCUCUCUGUACGUAUCUCUCUCUCUCUCUCUUUUGCUUUAUUUUUUCUCCAUUUCACUUUAUUUCCUUACGUUUCUUUCCACACUCUUUCUUUUUUCUUUUAAUUAUUCUUCAUCUUUUUUUCUACUACUAUAUUUCCUUUAAACUCUUUUUCACUUCUUCAUUUGUCUCCCUCUCUUUUUUUACGUUCAUUUUAUUUCGUUAUUUUUCCUGUAUUUGUUUUUUCAUCCGAACUCUUCAUUUUUAA